AUGUUGUGCCUGUUUGUGAUAUAUGCCGACGAGAAAGCGAGAGAGGGGACCGAACGAACGUAUGUGGCGUUGUUUUGGCGACGUUGUGUUGACGACGACGACUACGACGGCGGUGGCAGGCCCCCUCGUCGCGGCCGAAUCACCAUUCUGGUGCUGGAAGUGGAGAUUGGUCCGGUCGGUGCGGGGGGAACAGUUGGAGAAGAGCAUUCAAAUUCCGCGUUUUACUGCAGUAGUCACUUCCCAGCACAUUCACUGUAA